UAUGGAUUUGCCUGAAGAAUUGUCAAAAGAGACAGGGGAAUCCUCCUACCACUGUGAUAUCUGUAAAAAGUCAUUCUCUCUGAAAAGCAAGCUUACUACUCAUAAAUGUAUUAAUACAAGUAAGAUACCAGAGAAACGGUAUCAUUGUGAUAUCUGUGGUAAAUCAUACAAUGUAAAAAUUUACUUAACUGAACAUAGAUAUCUCCAUACAGGAGAGAAGCCACACAACUGUGAUAUCUGUGGUAAAUCAUUUGCUCGAAUACGUACGUUAAUUACUCACAAACAUCUCCAUACUGGAGAGAGACCUCACAGCUGUGAUAUCUGCGGUAAAUCAUUCUCUCUAAGAAACCACUUAGCUGAACACACACGUACUCAUACAGGUGAAAAACCUCAUCACUGUAAUAUCUGUGGUAAAUCAUUCUCUUUAAGUAGUCACUUAGCUGAGCACACACGUAUUCAUACAGGUGAAAAACCACAUCACUGUAAUAUCUGUGGAAAAUCAUUCUCUCAUGCUUAUCGCCUAACCCGACACAUACGUAGCCACACAGGAGAGAAACCACACAACUGUGAUAUCUGCGGUAAAUCAUUCUCUCGAUUACACACUUUAAUUACUCACACAUACUUCCAUACUGGAGAAAAACCAUAUCAAUGUGACAUCUGUGGUAAAUCAUUCUCUGAAAAAGGUAAUUUAACUAAACACAAAUACAUUCAUACAGGAGAGAAACCAUUCCAUUGUGAUGUCUGUGGGAAAUCGUUCUCUAGCAGUCAGGGUCUAACAAAGCAUACACGUCUUCAUACUGGUGAGAAACCAUAUCACUGCGAGAUCUGUGGUAAAUCAUUCACUCAAACAUGCCAAUUAACAUUACACAAAAGACGCAUGCAUACGGGAGAGAAACCCUAUCCCUGCGAUAUCUGUGGUAAGUCAUUCACUGUUGGAAGUGCAGUAACUGCUCACAAACGUAUUCAUACAGGGGAAAGGCCAUAUGACUGUGAUAUCUGUGGUAAAUCAUUCAUUGCUAGAAGUGGAUUAACUGUUCACAAGCGUAUUCAUACAGGAGAAAAACCAUAUCAGUGUGAUAUUUGUGUUAAGUCAUUCAGUGUUGCUAGUGAAUUAACUAAACACAAACGUACUCACACAGGAGAGAAACCAUAUCCCUGUGAUAUCUGUGGUAAAUCAUUCAGUGUUGCUAGUAGAUUAACUGCUCACAAACGUAUUCAUACAGGAGAAAGGCCAUAUCAUUGUAGUCUCUGUGGCCAAUCCUUCUCUCAAAAUUAUAGCUUAACUAGACACAUGCGCUUUCAUAUAGGUGAUAUGCUAUAUCCCUGUGAUAUCUGUGGUAAAUCGUUCUCAGAAAAACAUCACUUAACUAAACAUAAAUACACUCAUACAGGAGAGAAACCAUAUGAUUGUAACAUCUGUGGUAAGUCUUUCUCUCAGGCAGGUCAUUUAACUGUUCAUAGUCGUACUCACACAGGUGAGAAACCAUAUCACUGUGAGACGUGUGAUAAAUCAUUUUCUCAAACAUCACAUUUAGUAAUUCAUAGUCGUAUUCAUACAGGAGAUAGACCCUACAAGUGUGAAAUUUGUGGUAAAUCUUUCUCCCAAAAUAGUGAUUUAACUAAGCACAAACGCAUUCAUACAGGAGAAAAGCCAUAUCAGUGUAAUAUAUGUGGUAAAUCAUUCUGUUUAAGUACUGCUUUAAGUAGUCACAAAUACAUUCAUACAGGAGAAAAACCAUAUCACUGUGAUAUCUGUGGCAAAUCAUUUUCUCAAAAUUCUGCUUUAACCAAACACAAGUGUAUUUGUUCUAAUGAAAAAGUUUUAUAACAGUGAUAUCUGUAAUAAAUAACUCAUCAACUCAAAAACGUCCUUUGUGAAGUGAGUGACAAACGGACAGAUACAUCAGCACUCAAAAGUUGCCAGCAACAUGACAGCCUCUCUAGUGCUGGCUCCAAAGUAAAAGACAUCCAAUAUACUGUGAAAUUGAUGGUGAUAUGUAAGGCAGCCAGCCACAAAAACCAUAUUCCCUAAAGCAAACCAUACAUAUGACUUGUUUAAGACAUGAAGUAGAGCUUUUUUCAUUUUUGUUUUCACUUUGAUAGUAACAAACAUAUUCACACAAGUGUUGAAUCAAUUUAAUUACGAUAUCUGUGGUAAAUUAUUCUCUCAUGGAAAUACCUUAACUACUCACAGGUAUGAUUGUGCAGGUGAGAAACCAUUUCACUCCAAUAUCAGUGGCAAGUCAUUCUCGUAUGGAUAGAAAUAACUUAACUCAUCUGAAACAUUUUUACAAAAUAAAAACCAUGAUGCUUUUA